UGGAAGGCGAACCUCACAUUUCGUUUUGUUUGUAUAUUUGUUUGUUGUUUAACGCCGUACACGGCAAUGUUCUAUCUGUAUGUCCGUCGGGUUACCAAUGAUGGCACGCAAUGAAGCCUGUCACUGAGCCUGGCCACAAAAUCCAUUUAGUCGCCUCCCACGACCAACAUAGGUUAAUGUGGACCAGCAAAGGAAAGGAGGACCUGUUAUUUCAAAAAGGACAUGACCGGGCUACAUAAGACCAUGUCGACAAGAUAACAUCAAUCCCUGCUGUUACUGUUAUAAUACAACGCCAUAUAUACCAACAUGAGUAUUCAUUGAUCUUCAUUUCAAAGCGGCCUUCGACCAUGCGUUUGGCUGGGAGCAUCACAAUCACGUGUCUUAUCUGUAUUCAGAUCUGUGUAUCAGUUGUUAUUGUUAUCGCCCUGGGAACCCGUCCAGUACAAAAUAAGACAAUCUUAGCUUCAGGCGAAUCACAUCAUCUUCGUGAAGAUUGGGAGAAAGGCCUGGAUGAUGAAUACAAGAAAAUGCCAAAUGGACAUGGUCGUACACGAACACGACGUAUUAACGAUGCUGAUAUUGACGUUGUUCUUGAGAACACACAGCUGUGCCGAGGAGUUUCAGAGGUGGACGUUGUAUUUGUUGUCCACAGCACUACUGACCAUUAUGACCGUCGGCAAAUACUUCGAACAAUUUUCCAGAAGCAGAAAACACACACAAAUUAUACCAUACGACAUGUAUUCCUCCUUGGGCAAAGGAACGACGUGAAAAUUCAGGAAAUAAUCAACCAAGAAUUCAACCAACAUGGCGACAUUGUCCAAGGUCGGUUUCAGGACAGUUAUAGGAAUCUGACGUAUAAAGCUGUUAUGGGAUUGAAAUGGAUCAGCCACAACUGUAGGGACGUGAAAUACGUCAUCAAAAUGGACGAUGACGUUUACGUUUCUUUGCGCAUGUUUUUCACAUAUAUUUAUCAUCAAUAUACGGGCGAUAACAGGGUUUUAUGUUGGUCGUGGAAGAGUUCAACAGUGCUUGUCAACAGAGGGGGGAAGUGGUCCAUUGAUAAGGACGAUCUAAGGCAGUAUGAUCUGUUUCCUUUGGAUUACUGCAGUGGUUUUGCUGUCGUUAUACCAGGGGCGAUAACUCCAGCUCUGUACAAGGCGACCAGGCUUGUUCCCUUUAUGUGGAUCGAUGACUAUUUCCUAUCCGGGAUGGCGCGUGCUGCAGUAACAAAACUGCAUGAUCUAAGUCCAUAUCAUUACUAUGUGAUUUUUCCUCAACACCGGGCGGCUUGCAUGAAAACAAUAAACCUGUGUAAAAUUAUUUUUUCCCCAAAUACUAAGAUCCGAAGACUACCAGUAAUAAAGGCAUAAUUUCCCCCACUUUUUUGGUAUUGAAAGAAACGAAAGAGAAAAAGGAAGGGAGGGUGAAGGAAGGACAGAGAAGUAG